AUGGAUUGGGUCGGGGGGCUGCGGAUCAAGGCAAAGCAGUUCACCGUGAUAUGUAGCACCGGACGCAGGUAUGGCCCUAACAUCUGUGAUUUCCUGGCAUUUUGCAGCUUGAGUGAAAGUAGCAAAGCCAAUAGCAUGUCAUUACCUCCAUCACGUCUCCAUUGUUUUAACCCAUUGUUUUCUUUUUCCCACUUACAGAUAAAAGAUGAGGACAAUGGCUACAAUAAGAAUUUAUUCUGUAUCCCUAAACAUUAUGAAGAUGAUCUAGACAGAGUCUUUAUACCUCAUGGCCUUAUCCUCGACAGGACAGAACGUUUGGCUAGAGACAUCAUGCAAGACAUGGGGAACCAUCACAUCUUUGCACUUUGUGUUCUUAAAGGAGGAUAUAAAUUCUUUGCGGAGUUGAUGGAUCAUAUCAAAGCCCUAAAUCGGAACACAGAUCAGUCAGUCCCUAUCACCGUGGAUUUUGUGAGACUAAAAAGCUACUGUAAUGAUUCGUCGACAGAAAAUGUUAGUAUCAUUGGAGAAGAGUUGCCUUCCUUUAAAGGAAAGAAUGUCUUGGUCGUAGAGGACAUUAUUGAUACAGGCAGAACAAUACAAACACUACUUUCCAAAAUAAAGGAGUACGAACCGCAGAUGAUUAAGGUAGUAAGCCUGCUUGUUAAAAGGACAACUAGAACUUCAGGAUAUCAGCCUGACUAUACAGGAUUUGAAAUUCCAGACAAAUUUGUGGUGGGAUAUGCUCUUGACUAUAAUGAGUACUUCAGGGACCUAAAUCAUAUCUGCAUUUUGAAUGAGAAAGCCAAGGAGAAAUAUAAAGUCUGA